AUGAACUUCAUAACUAAGGCCUUUUCGUCUGGCUUUACCUCUGGCAGGUCCAUUCCCUACUCCUUUGACGACAAGAUCCACUCCCAAAACGUCUCUAGCAAUGUGUUUUACUCGCUUUUCAACUCCACAAAGAAGGACUUUUCCAGCACUGAAAACCACCCCAACGAAUACUCGAUAUUCGAGUUCAAUAUCAACGAUUCGGAGUAUGCCAGCACUGGUGCUGCUAGCGACAACGCAAGAUAUCUCUCUUUGAUCAAAAACUCGGCUUUGAAAUUGAAAACAAUAAAAUUGCCUGGCAUCAUCAAGAUUCACGAUUUUUUUGAGUUUGAUAACUCAAACAACUUAUUCAUAGUAACUGAAAGAGUGACUCCACUAUCAGACCUAUUCAAUAAGAAUGCCAAUAAUAGUGAUAACAGUAAUGAUACCAAAACCCAUUUGUCAAUUGAUGAACUAGUUUUCUCAAUUAAUAACCUUUCAAACUCCUUGAAAUUCAUUAAUAAUGAAGCAAGCUCGGUCCAUGGAAACAUUUUCCCAAAUUCAAUCUAUAUAGACCAAUCUGGUGUAUUCAAGCUAUUUGGCUUUGAACUCUUGUCAAACUUGAAUGAUUCUCCCAAUAGUCCCUCAUUUGCAUUUAAUACUUAUAAUUCCAACUUGAUUUACAAAAAUUAUAAUCUUCAUGACACCUCUUCAAAUCAAAAUUAUAAAAUUAUACUACCACCUGAAAUAACCAACAAUAACUUUACCAAUACCAAUAACAAAAACUUUUACUUGAAAAUCGAUUCUUAUCUCUUUGGUAUUCUCAUCUUGAACCUAAUAUCUUAUAACUCUUCUUCAUUAUCUCAUCAACUAAACAGCCUCCCAAUCAACCCUUCCAUAAACCAAUUCUCAAACUUAAUCAACUCAAUUAAUCUUCAUUACAGUAAAAAAUUUCCCAGUUUAUUCCUAAAUAACUUGAAAGGUUUAUUAAACCCAAUUCAAAAUUCAAGAUUACUAAUAUCAAAAUUCUUUCAAUCAAAUAACAACUCCCCCUUUUUCAAUUCAAACCUAUUGAUAUCAAACCAUAACAACUUGAACCUAUUGAACAUCGAUCUAUUCAAUAACCUAGAUCUUUUAUACAACUAUUUAAAUUCUUUACAAAAUUUAAUAGGCUCAAAUAAACCAACAUCAGAUAAAAAUGAAUCAGUUUUCUUACUCCAAUCUAGAUACAUCCCCUACAAAUUAUUACCUGAUUUAAUUCAUAUUUUCAAUCUCUACAACUCAAGCAAAUCAAUUAAUCAAGAAAAUGACACAAUCAAACCCAUAAUCUUAUACUAUAUUCUUUAUUAUUCAAACUACUUGAAAAAAAUCAACGAAUCUUAUUAUCAAUUUUUAAUUGCUCCUUUCAUUUUAUUAUGCUUCAACUCAAAUAAUAGACUAAUUCGAGCAACUCUAUUAACUUCUUUAAAAUUCUACAUCAAUGAUUUAAAUAAAUCAGAUAUCUCAAACAAAGUUUUCAAUAACUUAAUCAAAGGUUUUUCUGAUACAAACGAAACAAUCAGAAAUGAAACCCUUAAAUCAACUCUUCACAUCUUACCAACUUUAUCCAUUAAACAAAUCAAUAACGAUUUACUAAAAUACUUGGCCAAACUACAAAAUGAUAAUAACCUAACCAUAAAGAUCAACACCAUUUUGAUCUUAGAAAAAAUCUCCCUAUUUCUAAUUGACGACAAUAAAAACACUUCUCAAUCGACUUUAACCUCUUUUCAAAAUAUCCUAAUAAUAGCAUUUAAUAAAUCAAUUAACGACACUUCCUCAAAUAAAUUUCUAAUUAAAAUAUCAACUCUAAAUUCCCUUAAAAAUUGUCUACUCUUUUUUGACCCUGUAAUUUGCUGUUCAAAGAUUUUAUCACUAAUUGCUCCUUUAUUAUUAGAUAAUAACCAUAAAAUUAGAAAUUUUGCAAAUGAAAUAUUUAACUUGUAUUUGAAUAAAAUUAAUGAAAAAGUGAAAUUACUAGAUCAAAAAGAUGAAAGACUUAUCAAUGAAGAUAAAACUCUUCAUAAUGACUAUUAUGAGUUAAAUGGAAUUAAAUACGUUCCUGGCGAAUUUUUAGAAUUACCUCCACCAGUUAUUGAUCAAGAUAAUCUCAAUAAUAAUGAAUUUAAUAACAACAUUAACGAUAUAAAUAUCAAAAAAAUUAGUAAUAACAACAAUAUUAACAUUGGAAGUAAUGCAAUGGUAGAUACAAACGCUCUUAACAAUAACAGUGAUAAUGGUGUUUAUAAUAUAACAAAUGGAUUAUCAAAUUUUGGUUUUAAUUUAGCGGUUGGAGCAAUUAAUAAAUUGACUGAAAAGACCAUUAAUGGGGAAUUAAAUAGAGAUUUAACACCAACUCCAUCAGAUGUUCACUUGUCAUUAAGUAAUCCUUCAAAGCCCAAUUUAUCAAUUAACAGCACUACCACUAAUACUAAAUCUAAUCUUAAUAGUAAUAGUAAUAGUAAUUUUAAUAAUAAGUUUGAUUUUAAUAAUCACUUAAACAACGAUAAUACAAUCAAGGGUGAUAGCAAUGAUAAAUAUGAUUAUGAUCUGGACCUUGAUUUGGAUAUAUUGGAUUAUAAUACUACUGCAAUUACUACUCAUAAACAUACCAAUAAGGACAGUGACUUUAAUGCUAAUCUUUUUAGCAAUAACAAGACAAAGAGUAUUGUUAAACAAAAAGAUAUUGUAAUUGACUCCACUGAUUUAUGGGGAGGUUUUGAUGAUUUUUUAGAUGAAGAUGUUAAAAGCGAGGGUAAAUCAAUUAGGAAACCGAUUUUUGGUUCCAGUUUAACUAGAAACAAAAACAAUAUAACAUUCGGUUCAGUCAAUCGAAAACCAAUUGUAUCUAAAAAGCCAAGUCACAGUCAAUUUAAUGAAGCAAGAAGCUCAAAUAAUUCCAUAAAUUCUACUAACAUUAAUACAAGAAAAAAGGGAUUGCAAUUGAAGAAGACUAAUAAAUUACAAACCAAGAUUCAAAAUGAUGGAUGGGGAGAUAAUUGGUAA